AUGCAUACAUCCUGUGAAAGGGAAGCGCCCUCGCGGCAAAGGACCAGAAAAAAAGACCUUUGCAGCUGUCCUCCAUUUCGCUCCACCAACCCAACAAAGACGGAGUUUGGUGCCAUCAUCCGUGCUACCACUCAAAAUGACUGCGAUUUGCUGAGUGCAGCCACGCAGGCCAACCAGCGGCAAGGCACCAAUGAGUGCAUCACCCGACUCAACAGUACCAAUAACAAGAAUGGCCCGGUCCUCAUUAAAUAUAUUUGCGACUUUUAUCCAUCUAUUACCGAGAAAGAUGUUGAUAUUUUUCUAUUAUUAUUAUUUCUCUUUCUUUUUUUUCUCUUCAUUCUUUCAUUCUCUCUCUCUUUCAUUCUCUCUCUCUCUCUUUCAUUCUCUCUCUCUUUCUUUCAUUCUCUCUCUCUCUUUCUUUUCAUUCUCUCUCUCUCUCUUUCUUUCAUUCUCUCUCUCUCUUUCUUUCAUUCUCUCUCUCUUUCUGAAACGAAUCUAUUACAUAUCCUUUUUAACAGAUAUAUUUCUCUUUAA